CGCUUCGUAGCAGCGCGGGAAUUUUAAUUACACGGACAUGGAUUCGGGAUCGGAAGGCAACAGUUCUUUGAAUGCGAGGUUGUCCUCCAAUGGAAGCUUUAGCAAUACCGAAGGUGAUCUUUAUCAGGAAACACUGGAACAAGCUUCAGCAUAUCUGUGGAUAUCUGUUUCUCCCAUAUUUCUAUUUGUUGGAAUAUUUGGAAACAUUUUGAACUUGUUUGUUUUGCGGAGAAUGCGUUUUGAGAAAAAUCCCACCUUAAUUCUGCUUGUAUUCCUAAGUGUUACAGACAUGACCGUUCUUUUAGUAGGCUUGCCCAGAUACUGGGCCCGGGAGGCCGUAAACUUUGACCUGCGAACAGUUUCUCAAUUUAGCUGCAAGUUCAGUUUGUUUCUUAUAUACACCUCUAUGCAGCUGUCGUCGUGGAUUCUUGUGAUGGUGUCAAUAAUUCGUAUGCUCAAAACUGUGUUACCUUUACAUUUUCCUAAGAAUAAAAUGAGAGUGACUCGAAGAAACACGCUGAUCGCUUUUGCUAUAGUGGUUGUUGUACUUUGUAUUAUUAACUUUCAUCUCUUCAUUACCAAUGGUAUAUUGAUAGAGGACGGGGACACCUCCUGUACUUCGCUUACACAAGACUACCUAUAUUUCGACGAAUAUGUUUUCGUUUACGUUGACUUUCUCGUUCUUUCAGUUUUUCCCGCAAUCAUUAUCAUAAUUUGCAAUAUUUUAAUUUAUUUUGUUUUGAAAAAUUUGAAACAGAGACGCGCAUCUGCAUCUUCCAUGGACAAAACUACAACAGAUUCUGUCUCCAGAGUUACACGUAUGCUUUUCGUCACGAGUACAUACUUUGUUAUAGCAACAGCUCCAAUAUCUGUUCAUUUCAUUGUUGAUUCUUAUGUUCGACCUAAUGCAGAUGGAUUGACAGAAGCAAAAUUGGACUUAUCUUUCACAGUACUUUAUUUGUUCGAGUUUUCUCAUUUCGUCAUCAAUUUCUACUGUUACACAGUCACCAAUAAAAGAUUUAGAAAAACCUUGCACAAGCUGAAGGACGAUAUGAGAAACAGAAUUUUCCGUCAGAGCCGUGUACCAUCUGACUCGUACGAUGUGAACAGCACCGUGGAUUCAAAUAAAAAGUGUUCAGGCAGUGCAGUAUCUAAAUCAACGUAGUCUACAUUCCAGACUUUUCCCGCCAAUAGCUGAAACGGGAAGUCUAUCUACUUUGAAACCGGAGGGACUCUUAACUCGCGAAGAAUUUGACAACGGAAUUUUUUUUAGGUUCAGUCCAAAAUGUUCCUCGGAAUUUUGAAAUACAUGUAAUUGGAAGACAAUCUAAUCAGUAACAAAAUUCAUUUUACAGAGGCAUUCUUCAUUAAUUAUUAUUGUUUCUUUAUGUUUAUAUAGUGUGAAUCUAUGAUUGGCACUCUAAAUAUUUUAAAAUAUCCAUAGGCUUUUUCAAUUUGGAUAGGGGAAAUAUAAUUUGAACCGUGAAAUCUUUCUUCAAAGGAUAGGUAAUAAUUACUUUCAAUGCAUACAAAUACAAAUGCAUAGUUGACAAUUUUCUAUGACAUGCAAAAUUUGAUUC